AUGUCAACUGUAAACAACAUAUUGUGGGAACAUUCAAAUGAGCUAAAGCAAAUUAAUAAUCCACAUCCAGAUAGUGAAUUAACAGCUUUAAAACGAGAAAAUCUUGAACUCAAAAACCAAAAUAAAGACUUAACCAAUCGAUUAAGUAAUUUGAACUACAGUAUAUCCUUGCUGAUUUGCAAGGGAAAACUAAAGUAACUGAAGACGAAAAAGCCAGCCUAAUUACAUCUGUUCGGCUAUUGUGUAAUGAUUUGGGAAUCAAUCAACCAUCAAACGGCAAUUACCCUUUACAAGAUAAUCGACCACCCGGGAAUAAUAACGAAGCUGAGCGUUAUCAAUUUCGCAAUAACAUUUUAACCCAAAAUAGCCUCAGUGCACAAAGCACGAAAGAAAGAAAUUGUUCAAAGGAAAAAUCUUUGGAUCAUGAUCGAGUUGCAGGACCGGCUGCCCCAACCAAUAACAGUUUCUCCCAUCUGAAGGUAGAGGAAGCCAAUAAUGUUCCUGCUGAAAUAAAUGAAAUAAAUCAAAAUCUAAAUGGUCAUCGACAGAAGGAAAAUCAAUAUGAAAACAAACCAAAUAUCGCCAUCGUUGGAGACUCAAUGAUUAAGAACAUUAACCCUCGUAAACUAUCAAGAAAACGGGUUAAUAAAUUCACGUUUCCAGGCAAAAGAGCGGAGGAAAUUGCAUCUGAAGUAAAGAAUAAUAAUGUUCAGUUACAUCCAACCCAUGUUAUUAUACGCGCCGGGACGAACAAUCUACCAACGUACCGACACAG